AUUCGUCGGACAGCGACCACGGCGUAAUCCUGCUGGGAAUCCUGGUGAUGCAGGACGUCUUGCUGGGGCUUCUCAUCGCUCUGCUGCCCUCGCUGGUCGUCGCCCACAACAGCGACGAGGAUUCGAGCACGACGACGGCUUUCGCGUUUCUCGUCGCGCGUCUGAUGGCAGUGUUGGCGGGUGUCAUGGCCGCCGGUCUUCUCGCCUCUCGGUUUGUCAUCGGGAGCGUUCUCGCGCAGCUGAGUGCUUCAGGCAGCAGGGAGUUAAUGACAGUGGGAGCCGUGGCCAUCUGCUUCUUCAUGCUGCUGGUCACGCACACGCUGCACAUCUCGAUGGAGCUCGGCUGCUUCGUUGUCGGGGCGAUGGUCGGAUCGCAGCGACAUGAGCUCGUGUCGGACAUCAAGAAUCUCAUUCAUCCGAUCCGCGAUUUCUUCGCCGUUCUCUUCUUCGCCUCUGUCGGUAUGCAUGUGUUCCCGUCGUUUGUGGCCUACGAGUUAACCGUGAUCAUCUGGUUGACAUUUGCCGUCGUCCUCAUCAAGUACGCGCUGAGCAUGGCCGUGCUGUCAUGUCUGCUGCCGCAGAAGACGUCACACGUGCGGUGGAUCGUGUCGGCGGGCCUCUCACAAGUCAGCGAGUUCUCGUUCGUGCUGGCAAGCCGUGCCCGCCGACUCCAUCUCAUCAACAGAGAGGUUUAUUACUGAUUCUCAGC